CCAGAAUUUGGACUGGCUAACAUCACCCUGGUUUCGGACUCAGAGGCUCAGGCAAUGUGGACCCUGCUGGACCAGUUACAUCAGCCUCUGGAUGAGACCAUCAUCAGUCGGAUCCUGCAAGGGCUUAUCAAUAAAGUUUGUAAAGACAUCACGCCAGAGCAGCUAACUGCAGCGUUAGAUGCACUAAGCAAGAUUCUGAAGGAUGCUGAGCAGACUCCACUAAAAGACAGCAGCCGUGGCUUGACCUAUGACCUCUUGUUCUCUAUGUCGAACCCCAGCUGAGUGGACACGCGAGGUCUGAGCCAGCUGGCUGAGGUGGUGGAGCGUUUUGCCUUCAGCCUGCUCACAGACAUUGAGAGUGGGGUAGAAGGAAAGAGGUUUUCUCAGUCAGUCUUCAUGGCAGAGCCUCUACACCUCUUGCUGAUGGUCAAGAGGUUGUUUACUGCAUACACACUCCUGACCGAUGUGGGAAACCUCUCCAAUCUCUGUGCAUCAUGUGGAAUCAGGCUGCCGAGAGAUUUGUUUCUUGGUGUCUGCAUUGCUGGGUGGUAUGUCAAGUUGUGCUGCUCUUGGCCUUUUCUUCCAUUACUUCCACCUCAGUCAGUUCAGCUGGAUGCUUAUACAGGCCAUAAACUUCUGGCAGAUAUUGGUGAUGAAUGAUGAGCACACAGAGAGACGCUAUCUUCUCGAUUUCCUGCUCGGCUGGGGACAUCCUGCUCUGGUCAUCAUCAUUCUGGUUGUAAUCCUGCUGGGAGGCUUUGGAUGGAGCAUUUAUAGUGUGUAUGGCCUGGUGCAAGGAGAUCUAGGUGCCCAUGAUGUUGUAUCUGUUUACUCUGGUCACUCUGAUCUGUCUCUGGGCUGGACUGCACAUGGCCUACAGAUACCUGUGGAUGCUGAUCCUCCUUGUUAUCUUCAACAUCUUUGUGAUAAGAACACACACACAAUAUGAUGUAACUUUUAUUAAAGAGCUCUCUUUCUUUUUAAAGCCCUUUCAUGCAUAUAUUUAGAGUAGAUUUUAUACUAACUAGUAAGUUUUAGUAAAUACCUAAUGACACUACAUUAUAAAUAUCAAUAAACUGUGAUAUCAAG